UAAAAAAAAAAAAAAAAUACGCUGAUAAUAAUAAUAAAAAGACACAGGUUUGUUAUUCGGCAAAAUAAUUCCUCGUUGAGGUGAAUGUCAAACUGACGUUUUCACACUCAUUUAAACGUCAUAAUUAAAAUACAAAAAAAAAAAACACAAAAACAAUUAAAUAAUAUUUUAUGAAAAAUUGUUAAAUAAAAUUUAAAAAUAUUAUUAUUAAUAUUUUAAAGAGAUAACAAUAUUAUUGACUUAUGAGUCAGUGUGUGUAAUCAAUAAGAUUGUCGUCAGGGCGUUUUUAUGACUCCAAUUGUUUUUUUUUUAAUCCUUAAUAAUAUUAUAAAUUAUUUUGGGUAAUUUGGAUGAGGAGGAAAGGAAAAGGGGUGUGUUUUACAAAAGCUAUGACAACGGAGUUUUGCCAAGUUGAUUCAAAGUGACUCAAACAAUGGAUCAAUAUCGUUGACCGGUUAUAAAAAUUAGCUGGAUUGAUAUAUCAACCAUUUGUUAAUCAGCAAAAAAGAAAAUAAAAAAAAACUCACUCUUAUCAGGUUUCAUUGAGAAAAAAAAAAGAUGGAUAAAGAAAAUCAGGUAAAAUUAAAACGUAAUAAAACAACAAAAUUAACAGCAACAUCAAUGACAACAACGACAUCAUCAUCAUCAUCAUCGUCAUCAACAACAACAGCAUCAAUGAUAUCAUCAGAUAUUGUUACACAAUGUGUACAAGUUGUGGUGCGUUGUCGUCCAAUGGAUGAUAAAGAAAAAUCACGUAAUUGUUUAAAAGUUGUUGAUGUAUCAUCAUCACGUGGUGUUGUUGAAAUAAGAAAUCCACGUGAAGAUCCAUCACGUGAAAAUAUAAAAACAUUUACAUUUGAUGCUGUAUAUGAUUAUAAUUCAUCACAACAAGAUUUAUAUGAAGAAACAGUACGACCAUUAGUAUCAUCAGUACUUGAUGGUUUUAAUGGUACAAUAUUUGCAUAUGGACAAACUGGUACUGGUAAAACAUAUACAAUGGAAGGUUCAAAAACAAUACAAGAACGUCGUGGUAUAAUACCACGUUCAUUUGAACAUAUAUUUAAUCAUAUUGGACGUAGUGAAAAAAAUAUGCAAUAUCUUGUACGUGCUAGUUAUUUAGAAAUAUAUCAAGAAGAAAUACGUGAUUUAUUACAUCCAGAUCAAUCAUUACGUUUUGAAUUAAAAGAAAAACCAGAAUAUGGUGUAUUUGUUAAAGAUUUAUCAUCAGUUAUAUGUAAAAGUGCAAAUGAAAUACAACAAUUAAUGAAUCGUGGUAAUUUAAAUAGAACAAUUGGUGCAACAAAUAUGAAUGAACAUAGUUCACGUUCACAUGCAAUAUUUUUAAUAACAAUUGAAAUGGGUUUAUUAAAUGAUGAUAAAGGUGGUAUACGUGUUGGUAGAUUAAAUCUUGUUGAUUUAGCUGGUAGUGAAAGACAAAGUAAAACUGGAUCAAGUGGUGAUCGUUUAAAAGAAGCUAGUAAAAUUAAUUUAAGUUUAUCUGCAUUGGGUAAUGUUAUAUCAGCACUUGUUGAUGGUAAAACAACUCAUGUACCAUAUAGAGAUUCAAAAUUAACUCGUUUAUUACAAGAUUCAUUGGGUGGUAAUUCAAAAACAAUUAUGGUUGCAAAUAUUGGUCCAGCAUCAUAUAAUUAUGAUGAAACAUUAACAACACUUAGAUAUGCUAAUAGAGCUAAAAAUAUUAAAAAUAAACCACGUAUUAAUGAAGAUCCAAAAGAUGCAUUGCUACGUCAAUAUCAAGAAGAAAUAUCAAGAUUAAAAGAAAAACUAGCACAAAAAGGACCAAUAUUAAAAAAAAAAAAACGUAUUAAAAAAAAUGUAAUAAAAGAUGAUAAUAAUCAUGAUGAUACUGAUACUGAUAAUGAUGAUUCAACAAAAGAUGAUAAUCGUAUUAAUAGUAAUAAUAAUAAUAACAACAAUCAUAAUGAUAAUGAUAAAAAACAUAUUAUUAUUGAACAAUUAAAAGCUGAAAAACAAGAAACUGAAAAUUUAAUAACACGUAUUAAUGAACUUGAAUCAAAAAUGUUAUGUGGUGGUAAAAAUAUUGUUGAUCAUACAAAUGAACAACAACGUGCGCUUGAACAAAAAUCAGCUGAAAUUGCUGAACGUAAAAAACUUGAAGUUGAAAUGCAACAAAAAUUAGAAAAUGAAGAAUCAACAACAAUUGGUGUACGUGAAACAUAUACAACAUUACAACAAGAAGUUGAUAUUAAAUCUAAAAAAUUACGUAAAUGUUUUGCUAAAUUACAAUCAUUAAAACAAGAACUUGAAGAUAUUAAUAUUGAAUAUAAUAGAGAUCGUCGUGAACUUGAAGAAACCCAACAUGAUUUAAUGAAAGAAUUAAAAUUAAAAUAUUUAAUAAUUGAUAAUUUUAUACCAGUUGAAGAAAAAAAUAAAAUAUUAACAAGAGUUAAAUUUGAUGAUGAUGAAGAAACAUGGAUUAUUAAAAAUACAAAUCCAAUAAAUAUUGAUAUUAUUAAACGGCCAAUAUCAGUACCAGGUGCAAGAAGACCAAUAUCUGAAUAUGCUAAAAUAUCAUUAGCAAUGGGACGAGGUUAUAGAUAUGCUGGUGAAAAUAUAUUAAAUUUAGAAUUAGAUAUGCCAGCAAGAACAACAAUGGAUUAUCGUGGUCCAACAAUUGCACCAACAAUACAAGCUGUUUUGGAAGAGGCAUUAAGAGAUGAAGGUGAUAUUGAUGUUGAUGCAUCAAGUGCUAGAUUACGUACACCAAAACCACGUUUAUCAUCAUCAUCAUCAUCAGCUAGACCAAGACCAAGAAGUGUUGGUAAACUUCCACAAAUGCAACCACCAACACCAAUAUAUCCCAAGACAAGAGGACUUGUUCCAAAGUGAAUUUUCAAUGUGAUUAUAUUUAUUAUUUAGUUUUUUAUUUAUUUAUUUAUUUAUUAAUCAAUGUUGUUGAUGUUUUUUUUUUUUUUUUUAUCUUUAUUUCAUUGUAUAUAAUUGAUGCUUUAAAAAAAUAACUUAACACUUUUAUUUUUUUUUUUUUUAAUUAAUUAAUUAAUUAGACUGAAAAGAAGUAAUAAUAUUUAUUAAAAUUAAAUAAGUUGUCACGUCUAGUCAAGGUGCAAUUAGUAAAUAUGCAAUUAGUGUCAAACAUAUUGUUUUUUUUUUCAAUUUUUAAAAUGACUUAAUUUAUUUUUAAAAAAUUGUUACUUACAAAUUAAAGUCAUUUUUUUUUUUUUGUUGAUAUUUAAACAAUAUUAUUAAAUGAUUUUAAUUUUUAAUUUUUAUUAUCAUCAAAUUAUCAUGCACGUACUCUUUUAAAGAAAAUUAUUAUUAUUAUUGUACAAUUAUGAUGUUAGUUGUUUUUCUUUUUUUUUUUUCUUAUUUGUAAUUUUAGAGUUACAGAGUCAAAAUAAAUGCAAAUUGAUCUCUGUAAAAAAUAUAUAUGACAUUAUUAAAUGUAAAAAAAAAAAACCU